UCUUGGACUUACCCUGGGAUUCUCAAAACCAGCAGCAGCAGAAUCUGGCCUAUAAAUUCAACACAGGCGUCUUCUCAACCUUUCAUCAACCAAAACAAACGAAAUCAUUCUAUUUUCGCAAGCAAGGGAUGGCAACUUCAGUAAGCAGAGCAUCUUGGAUCGUGGCUGCGAGCGUGGGAGCGGUUGAAGCACUCAAAGAUCAAGGAGUGUGCAGAUGGAACUAUGUGUUGAGAUCCCUCCAUCAACACGCUAAGAGAAACAUUGGUUCCUCUUCUCAAGUCAGAAGAAAACUUCCCGCUUCUGCUUCUUCUUCAAUUGAUGGAUUAAGGGAAGAGAGGAGAGAAGAGAAAGCUAGGCGGUCUGAGGAGUCAUUGAGAAAAGUUAUGUACUUGAGCUGCUGGGGACCCAAUUAGAUUGAUGGUAGGAUCAAAGGAAAUGGAUAGGCCUAAGAUCAAAUCAUGAGAAGGGCUUCCUUGGAUUCCUAUUUGUAAUCUGUAUAUAAAUUUUGAAGAUGAGCUUAGUAAUCUUUUUUAUCC